AUGGAUGAUUUUGAAAAAAGACGUAUUGAGUUCUACUUAGAAGAAACUGACCAAAUUACUGAAGUUUGGGGAGGUGAAUCUAGCGGUGACGAAAAUGUCGUUGAAAAUGAUAAUCGAUCUGAUCAUGAUACCGACUCGGAACAAUCUGUCUAUGAUUUAGAAUAUGAUCAUGAACGUGAUUGUAGAGCUAUCAAAGGUAGACAUCGAAGUACAUUAGAUUUGUGGAAAACUGACGGACUCAGAGCUGAAUUGUUACCAUGUGUGAUGUCCGAAAAGCGAUUUCAAUUUUUACUAAGAUGUAUUCGUUUUGAUGAUAUUCGUGGUAGAGAUGAAAGAAUCAAGGUGGAUAAAAUAACACACAUAAGGUGGGUAUUUGAACAUUUUGUUGAUAAUUGUAAGAACGCAUAUUCAGUUUCGGAAUAUAUAACAAUCGACGAAAAACUACAAGCUUUUCGAGGAGUUCAGCCAGAUGGCCCAUUCAAACUUGAUAACUCAGCAUCAAGUGUAGUGAACCGGUUAGUACAACCAUUUAGAAAUACUGGACGCAAUAUUACAACUGAUAAUUGGUUCACUAGUGUACCACUUGCAAUUGACCUCUUCAAUAAUUACAAACUUACUCUAGUAGGAACAAUUCGAAAAAACAAACGACAGCUUCCAAUUGAAUUUACAUCUACAAAAAAUCGUCCUAUUUACACGUCUUAUUUUGGUUUUAGUGAAGAUAAAGUUACAAUAGUAUCAUAUACACCUAAAAAAAAUAAAAUUGCUUUGCUAUUGUCUACUAUGCAUCACAGCUCAACGAUUGAUGAAAGUACAAAAGAAAUAAAAAAACCAGAAAUAAUCACUUUUUAUAACUGCACCAAAGGUGCUGUAGACACCAUGGACAAAAAAACCGAAAAUUAUACAGUCGCCCCAAAAAGUUGUCGUUGGCCACUAACUGUAUUUUAUUCAAUACUGAAUAUUGCUGGAGUUAAUUCACAAAUAAUCUUUCAAGAAAAUACAAAAAUUAAAAUGUCACGCCUAAAUUUCUUGAAAACUUUAUCUCGACAAUUGAUGGAAGAACAGUUAAAAUAUCGCUUGACAAUAGAUUUAUUGCCCAAGACCAUUAAGUUCAGACUAAAACAAUACUCUACAAAAACUAAUGAAGCCACUGGUACCAGUCAGCGAGUUCGAGCAUCAGGAAGAUGUGCAUUUUGUGAAAGGGCCUAA